CCUGCUCUUUAUUAGAAUGAAAAUAUUGACUAGGCAAAGUAAUAAAUCAUAAUUUGGGAAAACAAAGUAAUCACAGUGUCUUCUCCUGGAGGCAAAGUUUGGAGUUGUUUCUCAUCUGCUUGUUAUUGAAACAUUGUCAGUCAAUGGUGGUUGGAAUGAGUGGAGUGCUUGGAGUAUCUGCUCUAAAACAGUCAGUGGUAUACAGAUAAGGUUUAGAGAAUGUUCUAAUCCAGAACCAGCAUAUGGCGGGGAAAACUGUGAUGGGAGCAGAGCAGUUGUGAGACAAUGUAACAACAUGUCCAGCUGCCAUGAAGAAUUUCCACUGCGCUUUACAACGGAGGGGAACCCUUCAGUUGGUACAAUGGAAAUCUACACAAACAGCAGCUGGCAAAAGCUUUGCAUCAGUAACUGGAAUAAAGCUGAAGAAGAUUUGAUGUGCAUGGCAAUGGGAUACUCUAACAGCAGUUACUAUGGAAGAUGGUAUGAAGACAGUGACAAUGAAUCAGAGACAUCUAUUAACUACAACUGCACCACCAUUCUGACAAAAUGUGGAGAACACUUCUCAAACAAAUUGCAAUUGUGCAAAGUUGCUGUUCGCUUGAAUGGUGCAAAUGUCGAGUAUGGAAGAAGAGUGGAAGUAUUUUACAAAGGGAAAUGGGGGAAAAUAUGUGCCAAUGGAUGGGAUUUCAAUGAUGUCAAAGUUAUUUGUCGUCAACUUGGCUUUGAAGAGGCUCUUGCUGAAUUUAUUGGCUCAGACGUAGAGGGUGAGAACAUUACUACUGUAAUAUUUGAUGUUUCUUGCACUGGAAACGAGGUAGAACUUGCAUCUUGUACUCGCUCUGAUGGAAAGUUGCAUGUGCCAGGUCAAUGUCAAGGAGAUGGUAAAGGUUCUCAAGCACUGUGUCAACCAAAGAACAAACAAGUAAUGGGGAAAAAGGAACUUUUCUUUGAUAUUGGUAGCAAUGAAAAUCUUCACUGCUCAAUACUUAACAAAACCAGUUUUGCAAGGUGGAUUAUUAAUGGUAAAAAGAUGCAAAAUACAACUUCUCCUUCUGAGAGGGUCCAGACCAAAAAAGAUGGUGAACUGGUGAUAGAAAACGUGCAGUUGUCUGAUGGAGGAACAUAUGAAUGCCACAGAAUGGAAUAUGUUCAGUAUUACACAGUUUAUAUUAAUGCAAGAUUCACUGAAAACACUCAAGGCGAGCGGAGCCUUACUGCAGACAAAUUUGGAAUUAUAAACUGUAAUGCUGAAGGAAAACCACCUCCACAGAUAACUUGGAGCAAACAAGGAAGAAAUUUAUUGCUUAAUGGGGGAAGAUUUUCUCAAAUGCCCAGUGGCAGUCUACGCAUUGAUCCUGUUCAACCUGAAGACAAUGGAACAUACAUUUGUACCAUGAAACAGAAUAAAGGACCAACUAGGGUCACAAGCGCACCUAAGAACAUACUUGUGUCUGUUAUAGUUCGACCAGAGCUGAAUGUUUCAGGAGCAAGCAAUCUCAUCAGAGAAGGAGACAAUGUGACUUUGACUUGUAAAAUCAUUCAAGGUCAGCCUCAGCCACAGAUAACCUGGCUCAAGAAUAACACAUUGAAAGGAAACACCAGGUCUCUCUCCCUCGAUAAUAUAAAAAAGGAAGACGCAGGACUGUACAGCUGUGAAGCAAAAAAUAGUGGAGGCAUUCCACCACAGUUAGAUUCUGGACUCAAGAAUCAUUCAGUUACAUUGAACUCCACAUUUACAACACCUUGUUUUGUAAAGGGCAGUCCUCCAGUAUCUGUCAAUUGGAGCAAGGAUGGAGAAGCUCUUGUCAACAACAACACAUUAAUUAUUAAGCACGUGACUUUUGAUGAUAAAGGUUUCUAUGAAUGUGUCGCUGAAAAUCUGGCUGGAAAAGCUAACUCAUCCUUCUGGAUUGAUGUUACUGUGUCUCCUUGGAUUUUAUUGUCUCCGGUAAACCAAUCUGUUAUUGUUGGAGACCCUGUCAACUUUACUUGCCGUGCUUCAGGUGUUCCAACACCAAAAGUAAUGUGGACAUUUAAUAGCGGUAAACUCCAAUCGGGUAUUAAUCAAAUCAAUUUUGAGCGAGACUUAUUCGUGGAAUCAUACCUAGAAAUGCUGCGAACAACAAAAGAAAUGGAAGGAACAUACGAGUGCACAGCAGAAAACAAAGCCAAUACAACAAGUUCUUCCGCAACACUUCAAGUUUUUGGUAGGUCGAAUGAUAAUGAUGAUACUGAUACUAGUGACAGUGAUGAUGAUGAUGAGUUUAAUAAUGAAAAACCAACUGUGGAAUUGAGUCCAAAACCAUAUCCAACCCUCACUUCAGGUGAUGAGCUUAGGUUAACUUGCAUUGUCAACAAAGCAACAGUAAAUAUCUCUUGGAAAAAAGAUGGAGACAAAAUAAAGAAGAGAGCGGACAUCUUUACGCAAUUGGAUGAGAAAAAAGGUUACCUGCAUAUUGCAAAGGUCGUGGAGGAGGACAGUGGUGUGUAUUCCUGUGAAGCUCGUAACAGACUAGGAAAUGUGGCCCGCUCCAAUGUGACAAUAAAUGUCAAUUGUAAGCUGGCAUUAUUGUAG